CAUGUACAUCCACGUCCUCCUUGCAACGGCUUGAAUUUCACCAUACAAGAUCGGUACUUGGGCUCGGAAGACAAUGGGUGACAUUCAGAAUAGGCCAUUCUCCAAGAACUACAGUGGCCUCACCAAUCAAUCGGUCAUUGCUGUAGGUCUCAGUGUACUAUGUAUCACUUCACACGAGAUUAUGAAAAGGAGAAGGCGCGGUCAGCAUCGUCAUGAAAGCCUAGGAAGUGUUGAGUCCUGGAAGUUUGGAUACCUAUAUCAAGGUCGCUCUUGGGCCAGGAAUCCUUCACCGCCGACUCCCAAAGGAUGGCCCUUGUCCUGGGUCAAAGAGUGUAUCAAUUUCCCCGUAUUCAAACUGAACGAACUCAGAGGCAUCGACGCUGCAUUAUAUGUCCGCUUUCUGCGUGGAUGUUUCUAUUUCAUUUUGCUGCAUACGUUUACUACGUUACCCAUAUUAUUUCCCAUACAUCUCCAUUUCUCAUCCGGAACUGUUUCUCCUAGGUCUAUGACGCGAGCCUCGAUCGCAUCCCUGGUGCUUACUUCGGAAGGCUCGUCGUUGCUCUGGAUACACAUUUGUCUUCUUUUCUGGCUAACAUUGACAUGGAUGGGAAACUUGGCAUAUAUCUGCAAUAGUGCAUUCAAGCUGCGCGCUGCAAAAAUCGAGGCAGCCGCAAGACACGCCGAAUCGGACGCUAUGGCCGAGAAGGAUGCGCAAUACCACCCACAUCCACAUCCCCAAUACCCCUUUCAAGAUAUACCAUCUCUCGAUUCUGAUCAUUCUAAUCGCGGUCUUCGUCUCCGCACGGUCAUGGUUUCCAAUAUACCCCCUCAGCUUCGCUCGGAGAAAGAACUCAAAGAAUACUUCGAAUACUACAUGUCGCGUAACAUUGAUAGACCUUCUGUGGGUCUCUCAGAUUCGACGCAGCCAGGCUUUGCGAACAAGCUCUUCGCGUGGUUUUUCAAUCGUGCAAAGCGCCUACCUCAACAGCUUCCAAAUACCAUUAGCCUAGUUCAGCAACGUGAUACCUCUAGUUCACCUGAUAGGAGAGACGAUUCACCUCCGCAGGAGCCAUCUAAUGUUAAUACAGAUGACAUUCCAGUUAUAGAUCGUAUUGUUAUUGCUCGCAAGAUGACAGAACUCGCGUCACUGCUUGAAAGGCGCGAGGAUAUCUUGCGACGGCUGGAAACUGCACAUAUCAAACUCGCAAAGAAAACGUUGUUAGCUGCGUUCCGGAUGUCGGAGUCUCGGCAAGGAGCCCAGCAAGACAGCUCACACGACUCCAGUCCACAUGAUAGCAAGAAGGUGUCCAAGUCAAUAGAUCUGGAGCGUGGUCAACCUGGUCAUGAAAAUGCCACAGAUAGCAAAGAUACCACGGAUUUACUAAUACAAACACUCUCCCCUUUUGUUGCUGAAUUUGAUGUUGCCAAUGCAUCAAUGUCUUCAGCAAAAAAAUCAGUCCUCAAGCUGGGGCGAGUCGUACAUCGUUUAAAACGAUCAUCUGUCCAUGAUUCUGCUCACGAUCUUACACUUUCGCCGCCGCCACCUGCUCCAAGGAAAGCAUCGAAUGACAAGACUAUAUGGGACGCUCUCCUCAGUCUUCCACGAAGCUCUCUAGAUUCAUAUCAACCCCUCAUUCAUCUCUCUGUCCUCUUCCGUGGGAAAACGGUCCCAAGCAUUGAUUACUAUACUGCAAAACUCAAUCUCCUCACGUCCUUGAUUACUCAGAAUCGCGCGAGAGCCAUACAAGACUAUGACCCUGUCUCGACGGCAUUUGUGACAUUUGCUGAUCCGAAGGACGCAAGGAGGGCGUGCAAGUAUCUCGCAGUCCACCCAAGCAAUCCGCUCGCUUGUGUUGUGACCAUGGCGCCCCAGUAUGAAGACGUGGAUUGGAUUCGGGUUAUGAAGACUACUUUUCGAGCUGAGUUUGUCAAGGAUUGGGUGGUCAGUUUAGGUGUAUGGGGAUUCACGGUAUUUUGGAUUUUCCCGGUAUCCCUUCUAGUCGGUUUGGUCUCAAUUCAGAACAUAUCAACGUUCUGGCCCGGCUUGAAAGCAUACCUUGACCAUCACCCUUGGGAGGAAGAAAUCAUCCAGUCCUUCGUACCAACCCUCCUGGUCUCUCUCCUGGCUCUCUUGAUCCCACUUAUCCUCCUUCUUCUCGCCAAGAAGGCGCACACCAUAACGACUCUUUCUGCCCUGCAUGACAGAAUCAUGACGCGGUAUUACAAGUUCUUGAUCGUGAAUGUCUUAGUCUUCUUUUGCGUAGGAACUGCUGCGCUCCAGUCAUUUCUAUCGUCUUUCAAAGCCGUCUCGGGUAACAAUGUGCUGCAAGUUGUUGCGGACAGUUUUCCUACUGCUGGCCCGUUCUACGUUGGAUGGUUGAUAUUUACCACUGCUUUGCAUGCUUCUUUUGAGAUUUCAUUAUGUGAGUAUAAGCAAUUCCUUCCUUUACCACUUAUGCUAUACCCUUCAACCAAAAGGCAAGUCACCCCACGGAAACGAGCUGUUGGCAUCCGCCCUCGCACAUUUAACUACUAUUAUUGGCUUCCAAAUCACUUGCUAGUCAUUCAUGUACUACUGCUGUUCGCUAUACUCAAUCCUCUCGUGAUUCCCUUCGGACUAUUGUAUUUCAGUGUUGAAGCAAUUGUUAUAAAGAAUCAGAUGCUUCAUGUGUACGCAAAGAACUACGAGGGGAAUGGACAGCUCUUGCUCAUACGGAUGGUUCGCUAUUCUCUGGAUGGGCUUAUAUUAUCACAGGUUGUAUUCUUAGCCUAUAUGGUCGUCCUCAAGAAAACUGUCAACGUAGCACUUUCUGCCGUCUUGAUUGUUUUUACUGCUGCCUUCAAGAUCUGGCUGACUCGAUUGUGUCGCGCCCAGUACGAGAAGGACAAUGCCUCGGAAGCUGAUGUGAUAUGCAGAAUCGGAAACAAUGUAUCUGACGGUCUCUCAGAACCUAUCACUGACAGCGAGUUUAUGCAAAACGGGGAGUUCGUCUCGUCGAACAGGCCCUUACGUGGCCACUCUUCUGCAAAAUUCUGGACCUGGCGUAUACCGGGUUGGGUAAACUUCUCGUAUUCGACUGUUCCCAAACGAGGACGUGUUCCACAACGGCGUCAGCCCAUUCCAUUCACACCUCAGAACCAGAGUUUCUCUAGACUUUCCUCCAUGGAUAAUCCUCGACAUGCAGCGCGUAGUUCACCUCAUGAGCAACCUGUAGGGGCUAUUUUGAAGGGGCCUCUCCAUUUAUCUCCAGCACAAGAAUAUCCCCCCGAUGUUAAGUCGCCCCAGUCCACUGUCGUCCAGCGCCAUGCGCCUCACCCUGCAUGGGACGAUGAAUCUCAUACUGACCUCCCAUAUGAUAAUCCCUAUUACACCCGUCCAAUUAAUAACGUCCUUUGGUUGCCACGAAAUCCCUUUGGGAUACUUGACUUGGACGACACCGUGGAUUUACGGCGAUCGUUGACUAGCGAACUUGGCGCGGGACAUCUAGGCACCUGGCUUGGAACAACGGGAUCAGUUGGUUCUCCCGUACCUGAUUCCCCCGUUGUUAAUCAUGGCAGCCAUCUCUCCGUCCCUGGUCCUACGAAACAGUACAGUGGUGCCGAGGACAUAGAUUUACCUUCAGGUAUCAGAAGACGCGUCAUGACUCUCGAGAAUGAAGAGGAAGUGGAAUCAGCGAUGGAAAGUCGACCUUCGCUCUUUGGCCGCCGCAUGUCAAGUGGAAGUGGAAGUGGUCGCAGUGCCAUUUGGAGUACCCGAGGACCGACACCCAGCCGGUUCAAUACAGUAGAUAGUCCCCCUACCCUGAAUCAUAGGUCCUCGUCAGACGUGGCAACACAGAGACGCCCAAGGACUUCUUCGUUGCUUUCCCCCUUUAGUCGCAAUCAGCCUCCUCCAUCUGCUUUCCGUAAUGGAGACCCUAGCGCACGACCUGAUCUCCAUGCUCAAGCUGAGUUCGCGAGGUCCACUUUGUCACUCGGUGGACACGCAAACUCACGGGGGACGCUUGCGCACCCAAGCAAUAUAAGUACACAAGAAGCUGUCGUUAAUGAGGUUAUUGUGGAGGAGCAGUUAGUGGUAGAAGAACGCAUGAAGUAUGAACAAGCCGAGGCAGACGAAACUCAAGUAGCCAAGUCACAUACCUGGAUGACGUCUUGGUUAUAUUCCAAAGUGCAUUGAAUUGUGAUAUUAUGAUGACUUGUAUGAUUUUCUCGAUAUCAUAUUUUGAUAAUUUUGAUACCCUUGCAUUGUAAAUAUACCAGCUCCUUCCGCUGUAGACCUCCAGCUUCUCCUUCGCACCCCGUGGUCGUUUAUUACUUCGCCGAUAAUACAAAGAAAUUAUGCUCCUGGUUGAUUUUCGCCAUUUUAUCGCGUCUCGUUGUUUCCGACGUUUAUCCUGUAAUUGAAGCGGUCAAACUUCGCUGACACUUUAUGUAUCG